UGUCAUGCAGAGGUGAGGCGGACCUUCAGUGAAAAAAACACACACAUAGUAACAGUAUCCUCGUCCACCAAAGAGUCCUCGGUUGGACUACGUUGCGUUACUCUGUGAGGCAAGUUGCCUGUUUGUGUGUCCAACUUCUCACAUCAAGUCGAUGUAUGCGGCGGAAGAAAACGGGUUGGACGUCUAAGUGACCGCAGCAAGACUUCCAGGCCAUCCCUUAGUUCAUUUCUGUCAAAUACAUUUUGUUUGUGCCAUGCGGUAACCCUGGAUAGUGGAGAAGCUGCAUCUUCCCAAAGCAGGUGAUUGUUUGCCGUGACCUCCAUUAUGAACGGGUACUCUGCUCCCACUUACCCCUCUAGUGGGUUUGGCUCCCACUCCUCCCAGCUAAACGGCCAUGGUUCCCACUCCCCUGAGCUGCCACAGAGGAAUGCCACCAAGUCCAGUGCUAAGGCUCUUUAUGAACAGAGGAAGAACUACACAAAGAACAGUAUUAACAGCAUGACGGACACAUCACAGUACCAUGUGGAGCACCUGACCACAUUUGUGAUGGACCGUAAAGAGGCCAUGAUCACCAUCGAGGAUGGGAUCCGCAAGCUGCGUCUGCUGGACGCCAAAGGGAAGGUGUGGACCCAGGACAUGGUUCUCCAGGUGGACGAGAAGGCCGUCAGCCUCAUCGAUGCGGAGACCAAGAACGAGCUUGAAAACUUCCCCAUUAGCACCAUCCAGCACUGCCAGGCAGUGAUGAGCGCCUGCAGCUACGACUCCAUCCUGGCCCUGGUGUGCAAGGAGUCCGGCCAGGGCAAGCCCGACCUGCACCUCUUCCAGUGCGACGACAUAAAGGCGAAUUUAAUCCAUGCUGACAUCGACAGUGCCAUCAGUGACUUUAAGGGGGGGAAGGUGAAGAAGAGGCCAGAGGCUUUAAGGAUGAUUCUGAAAAGUGACGGGGGCAUCCCGCCACCCCCCGUGGCCCCAGCACCCGAACCCCCGGCAGGGAACUCGCAGGUGGACGUGAAGAGCAGGGCAGCCGCCUGGUCAGCCUGGGCCAAUGAACAGCAGGAGUAUGACCCACAGCAGCAGUACUCUGAGCAGGACGAGCCGGCUGAGAUGAUGGCGGCGCGCGUUGACCGGGACGUGCAAAUCUUGAAUCACAUCCUGGACGAUAUUGAACACUUUGUCACCAAACUUCAGAAAGCAGCCGAAGCUUUCAACGAGCUCUCCAAGAGAAAGAAAUCGAAGAAGAGCAAAAAGAAGGGACCUGGAGAGGGAGUGCUAACACUGCGCUCUAAGCCGCCCCCGCAGGAGGACUUUGUCGACUGCUUCCAGAAAUUCAAGUGCGCCUUCAACUUGCUGGCGAAGCUGAAAAACCACAUCUCCAACCCAAGUGCUGUGGAUCUGGUCCACUUCCUCUUCACACCCCUGAGAAUGGUGAUUCAGACCUCGGGGGGAGUAGACCUGGUCAAGACCGUGCUGGUCCCGCUCUUGACCCGCGAGGCCAUCGACUUCCUCCACGCAUCUGCCACCGCUGAGGAGAGACACCUGUGGGUCACCUUGGGAGACGGCUGGACCAAGUGCAGGCUGGAGUGGCCUAAGGACCAGUUCUUCCCAGCCUACACACCACACUUCCGUGACGGCUGGGAGCCGCCGGUGCUGGCGUUCGUGGGGAGCUCGCGGGAGCAGGAGCUGAACCGGCUGGCUGAGACGCUGGCCCACGCCGAGAUUCAGAGGCAGGAGGAGGUGGCGCUCAGGCUGUCUCAAGAGCAACUCAAUGUUCAGGACUUUCCCUCUGCUGACGGGUACGCGUUUGGUAACACCGCCUACAAGAGCAGCAUACACCUGUUGGACCAGGACUUGGCCGUGGCGGCUUUUAAGCAGGCAGUCAGCCGCCAUGUAGAUAGAAACUAUGAAGCUCACAGCAGAGGUCAGCCAAAAAACUUUGCCAAAUCUAAGUAUGACUUUGUGGCAAGAAACAACACCGAGCUCUCCGUGGUCAAGGAUGAGAUUGUGGAGGUGCUGGACGACAGGAAGCAGUGGUGGAAGGUGCGAAAUGGUGCUGGGAUUUCUGGGUACGUGCCAAACAACAUCCUGGAAAUCUCCAGGGCGGUGGACGUGACGGGCCGAGGCGAGCCCAUCUAUAGCCACACCAUCCAGCUUAUGAUGCCAAAGAAGGAGUUUGAAUUGUUCAAGCAAUUACUGGGCGAAUUAAAUGAGAAGCAGAAGACUGACUACGUCCCCAAGCCUGUGGUGACCCCUGUUCCCCCGGCCCCGACGCCCCCUCCUCCUGCCCCCGCCCCUAUGAGGCUGCCCACCCCGCCCCUGCCCCCCCCUGCCUAUGAGCCCCCGAGGGCGGCGCCUAGCAACCUGAGCCGACAGAACAGCAACUCGGGCUCCAGCGAGAACGGCAGCGUCACCAUGAGAGAACAGCAGAAGGAGCGGCCUCCACCCGCCAACCGGCGGAAGUCCAAUAUGGAGGAGGUUCAGGACGAGUUGAUGCACCGGCUGACGUUGGGUAGGAGUGCCCAGAAGAAGUUCCAGGUGGCCCCACGCAGCACCAGCCUGCCUGCAGUCAACAUCUCCUACGACUCCUCGCCCGAGCACGUCAGAUCCUGGCUGGAGGCCAAAGGCUUCAGCACUGUCACCAUCAACAGCCUGGGGGUGCUGACCGGCGCCCAGCUCUUCUCCCUCAACAAGGAGGAGCUGAAGACGGUCUGUCCUGAUGACGGAGCCCGCGUCUUUAGCCAGGUCACGGUCCAGAAGGCCGCUCUGGAGAAGUCCUCUGGCUCUGAGCUACAGGAGAUCAUGAGGAGGAGGCAGGAGAAGCUGGCGGCGGUGGCCAGUGACUCCGGCGUGGAGUCUUUCGAUGAGAGCAGCAGCCACUGAGCCCCUCUCGCUCUCUCGCUCUCGCCCGCCUGCCAUACCCGACCAAAUGAAAGAAGAAGAAGAACGCAAACAUUCACCUUGUUGCAUUGUCGUUUUCCAGGACGCCUCCGAUCACGCCCAGUUCGCAGCGAUCAUGCGCAGACGCCAGGAGCUCCUGGAUCCAGAACUUUCCAGAUCAGCCGACACCGACACCGACACUGAUCAGUGAGGGAAGGAAGGGAAGCGUGGUAUUCUGGGAAAUGUAGUUUUUGAUUAUAGGACAUUUUACAGUUCACACUCACUCUAUAUCAGAAAUCACUGUCAGGACAAUUGUAUGAUGGGGAGGUAGCAGCCCUGUUGAUAAAAACAUAUUUUUACACAACUACCUUGAGGAAAGUUCAUGUUUGGGUUUAGAAUCCCUCUUAACAUUGCCUAGUCCACAUAAGAUGUGUUGUGUUGAUUUGACACUCAUGUACAAGCAAGGUUAAUUCAUUUCAAAUGCAUUGUAGGACUUAUUCCCAAAAUCCCCUUGUUGAUGUCUUCUUCUAUCAUCCUGCUCUUUGAGAGAUGUGCAUUCAACCUCAUGGCACACGACAUGCUGGGGAAUGGGGAAAAUAAUCGAAUUGAGGUGUUGAAAAGAUUUGUGAAUAGUUGAUUCUGAGAGAUUCUAAUUCUAUAUUACAUUUCUUUGUUUUGUUCUUGUUCGCUGGCAAAGAGAGGACAUGAUAUUUAUAUACAUGAUCAUUUUGUACUUAAUUGUAAUGCCAAAAGAGUCUUUAUAUAACAAUGUAAUGGGUUGAUUUACCGAGGGACACUAGUUAAGUUUUUUCCUCACUUGUCAUUACACGUGAUUGCUUGAGCUAAGUUUCUUUUGGACACAUUUCAGGUAUAUUUGAUUGUAGAUUUGUCUUUAUUAUUAAUAUGGAAGUGCACCUGGUACUUCUCGUUAGGUUAAUAAGAUAGGAAGGUGUUGUACACUAGGCGUUUGGUUUUGUUUUUGUUUCGGUUGCUUCGUUCUAAAAAAAGCCGGGAUGUUCUUAAGCUUUGUCUUUUCUGCAGACAUUUUGCACAUUGGUAGUGUUUCACUGCAAUCACCCCAAGACUGCAUGACUGACUGUACAAUCUACCUGAGAGAGGGCUCUAGAAGGUUAAUUUGUGCUCCACAGUGCACUCUCUUUCCCCUCAACUCUGUCUUUGUGUACAUAUAUGGCCAAACCUAGCAUCACUUCCUUAGUCUUCCAUAGCCUCACUCGAUGAAAACCUGCACAAAUGACACAUUCCUCGUGAGACUAUCAUGAGUAGAUAUCAUUAUUAAAUGGUUAGGGUGCUUAGAAACUGCCCUUACAUUCUGCUGUAGUCAAUCACACUUUGUCCUGAAAUGCGAAGUGCAAAGAAUCAGUGCACUUCUUUGAAGCAACUACGCUUUCAAAGCAAGGCUGGGGAGAUUUAAUGUCUUAAUGAAGUUGGAAGGACGGAUGUAUUGUAAAAGCCUGCGUGUGUGCGUGUGUGCGUGCGUGCGUGGCAGGGUGGGGUAGGUGGGUGGGUUGGGGUGUGGAUUGGUGGCAAGGUCAUCCACUGAAUGACUGCAUGGUUAGUGGUUGGCAAUCAAGUGGAUAAGUGAGGGAGAAAGCAUUAUAAGAGGACUUGUCAGAGCACUUUGUCUCUGUAAUCAGUAAUGUGGACUGGUAGUAACUCUGUUGCAUUAGGAGAUGAAGGAAAAUCAAAUUUUUGGGGUUUAAUUGGACAAGACUGUACCAGGAUCAGUGUAGUGGAUACAAACUGUAAAGGGAGUCUUGGCAGACAGCUGCUCAGGGUAGCAUAUUGUAAAGGUGGUGAUACAGGGGAGUACUUCUUGAGCAAUGUUGCUACACAAUCACAAAACAAGUGCAGUGUUUUCUAAUUGGAUACGGGGACCAUACAUUGGCCACAGAUGAUUUGAAAAAGAAAAGUCACUUCCUCAAUACCACUGGGAAAGUGCUCAGAACGUGGCUCACAAGCAAAGCCUGACAGCAUUGCUCAAAAAAGUUACCGUGUUUCAUCACCUCAGUGGUUUGGCGUGAGUGAAAUGGUGAUGUACAGCAGGACAGUUGUGGCAGUUGGAAAUGUGACCACUAGACAGAACGGGUUGUAUUUAAGCAAAUAUGUAAAAACAAUGCCUGCACAUCAAAAUUUAUAGUGCUCAAUGCAGUACUUUUGUGGCUUAAGCGUUUUGGGGUUUUUUUUCUCACACAGAAAAGACGUGUUCAGGUUUGGCUCUGUGGACUGUGAAAGCAUGGACUUCCAGUUGACAAAAUGACCGUUUUGUGAAUCUGUUUGAAUGAAAAAUCAUACUAUCAUCAUACACCUCUAUUAAUAAUAUAAAUUACACAUGCUUUGUUACUGUGAAGGACCCAACUUUUCAGGCCAGGCUGUGUUGUAUCUAAAUGUAAGUGACUCUUAAGUACAAAAUGCUAGGAUAAAGAAUGGACUACUUUUAUUUUAUAUAUUUUUUGUCUUUGAGUUACACAUUAUAAAUUACCAAUUGUCUAUUGAUGGAUUAGCUGGUUCGUCUGUCCUCGAAAAAAGAAAUGUGCACUUGCAAAAUGUUCCAUGUGAAACAAGGUAACGUGUAUGUGCUAGGUCGGGGCUAGCUAGACGAUUUUGAUCUUCUCACUGUAAAUGAGUAGUUUUCAUGGUGCCUUUUUCACAUGAUGGCUAAUUCCGCAAUAAACAGUAUUGAAAAGAUG